CGCAUGUUCCACUUGCUUUCCGUGUCGUCGCUCCUUCUCCAUUGGCUCUCCCUCCGCCGCGCUCAGCCUUCACUCCGGGACCAGCCUUCAUACGGCACAGCUGCGUGCGCCAAACGUGUGUGUGUGCAUCCAACCCACGCUGCUUUGAUCCGGACUCCCCACGCUGCUCACAGACAAAAAAAAAAAAGAUGGAGAAAAAGAGCGAGAUCAACGGGCACGCCAUGCCCAGCUCGGCCUCCACCGACCGGAUCGUGGAGGAAAGCGCGCAAAAGGAAAGGAGCUUCAGGGAGAAGCUGAUGGAGUUCCUGAGGAAGAACCUGCUGGUGAUCAUGACGGUGUCUGGGGUGCUGGUGGGCGUCGGGCUCGGGAUGAUGGUCCGCAACAUGGAUUUGACCAAGGCGCAGAUGACCUACUUCGCCUUCCCGGGAGAGAUGCUCCUCCGUAUGCUGAAGAUGAUCAUCCUGCCGCUGGUGGUCUGCAGCCUCGUGUCCGGCGCCGCCAGCUUGGACACGCGCUCCUUGGGCAAACUGGGGGGCAUCGCGGUCGCAUACUUUCUGGUGACCACGCUGAUCGCCUCCGGGAUCGGGGUGGCCCUGGCUUUCAUCAUCAAACCUGGCGUGGGCGCGGGAGCCCUCAACACCAACAGUCUGGGACUGGAGAGCGUCAGCAGCAACAAGGAGACCGCGGACUCCUUCUUGGAUCUGGCCAGGAAUUUAUUCCCGGCAAACUUGGUGGCUGCUGCUUUCCGUUCUUAUGCCACUGACUACAAGAUGGUUGCUGUAGGGAACAACACUAAUGGGACCACCAUCUAUCAAAAGGUGCCUAUUGGUACUGAAACAGAUGGCAUGAACAUCCUUGGUCUGGUGUUAUUUGCCAUGGUGUUUGGCGUAGCGCUGAGGAAGCUGGGAGAUGAGGGGGAAGAACUCAUUCGUUUCUUCAAUGCUUUCAAUGAGGCCACCAUGGUGCUGGUGUCCUGGAUCAUGUGGUAUAUCCCUUUUGGCAUCAUGUUCCUAGUGGGCAGUAAGAUUGUGGAGAUGGAAGAUGUGGUUCUUUUGGUCACCAGUCUGGGAAAAUACAUCUUUGCUUCAAUCCUGGGCCACAUUAUCCACGGAGGCAUUGUCUUGCCCCUCAUCUACUUUGGCUUCACACGCAAGAAUCCCUUCAGUUUCCUGUCAGGCCUCAUCACGCCCUUCACCACUGCCUUUGCCACCUGCUCCAGUUCAGCAACUCUUCCCUCUAUGAUCAAAUGUGUGGAGGAGAACAACGGUGUGGACAAACGCAUCAGCCGCUUCAUCCUUCCCAUCGGGGCCACUGUAAACAUGGAUGGGGCGGCCAUAUUCCAGUGCAUUGCUGCUGUCUUCAUUGCUCAGCUCAACAAUGCUGAGCUGAACGCUGGACAGAUCUUCACCAUCCUGGUGACAGCCACAGCCUCAAGUGUCGGUGCAGCAGGUAUCCCAGCUGGUGGCAUCAUCACCAUCGCCAUCAUCCUGGAGGCCAUCGGUCUGCCGACUAAUGACCUGUCCCUCAUGCUGGCUGUUGACUGGAUUGUGGAUCGUACCACCACGGUAGUGAAUGUGGAGGGCGAUGCUCUGGGUGCUGGGAUCCUCCACCACAUCAACCAGCAGGAGAUCAAGAAGCAGCAGGAGCUGCAGCAGCAGGAUGGGGAGCUUGCGGAGGUCCGGGUGGAAGCGGUAGCCAAUAUCCAGGCAGAGGAAGAGACCUCGCCGCUCGUCACACACCAAACCAAAGCCUCGGCGGCCAUGCCGGAAGCCAUUGAGUCUGUCCUGUGAACUCAAAGACUGUUUUCUUGCCCCCUGACCUUUCGGUACUUCGGAUGUUGCUGCUGAUGGGACAUCGUUCUGACUCAGUGUCCAUUAAAAAACAAGGUCACUGAUGGUUUCACUUGUGAGGAAAAACAAAGUGCCAUAGUAGCAGUCUGUCUAGAGUAUUGACAGUCUUCAGUGUACCUAGUGCUGCUGUUGAGCUUUCAAAAUUCAGCCACUUGUUCUUAAUAACUGGGUUUCCAUCCAAUUACACCAAUGCUGAUUAGGAUAUGAUUAAUUUGAGAAGUAUUGAUUUUAAAAAAAUUAAAGGAGUCUAGCUACAGAGUUCUUCUAUUAUCACUUGAGGUACAUUUUUUGUAUUUUUAAAUUUUGAUCAAGACAUUUUGCAAUGAAAACACACUAUGUGUUGAACAUCCCUUGAACAUUCCCAUAGAUGUUGUAGUUCUGUUUGUCUAAUGUACUGUAUGAGAUGCUCACGGCCAUAAGUUUGUACAUGAGAGCAUCAACAAGUGCAUAUCUUUGUUUUUAUCUUCAGACAGCUAAUGACCAACAUUAACUGCAGAACACUAAUCACUUGCCAAAUGCUGACAAGUCAAAGGGUCUAUCUAACACUUGCUUGACAGUGACAUAACCUAAUUACACCCUUCAGGAUGUCUGUUCAAUCACUUCACCUCAGCUGGUGGAAGCGUAUGCAAUGGGCAUUUUAUUUCUGCUCAUUUGAUUAACAGUCUUUGCUUGAUGGAAACACAAAUUUCUGUCUUUUAGAGCCCAAUCAGAUUGAAACGAGAGCUCUUCCAGGCUUAAAACAGCUGUUUGUUUGAGUUUUAUUUGCUGACCAGCGAAGUCAGCAGACAAUGUCAAACAUUAACCCCUCAAAUGACAGGUUAAGGUCUUGGCCUCAUGCAACCUGUUUAUUUAGUGACACACUGAUCUAGUUUGAAGCAUUUUGAACAUUGGACAAUGUGAAAUAGUGUGUUAAUGUUUGCAUUGCCAUUUUGGUCUCAUACGGGGAAAAACAGCCAUUGAUUUGUGCUGUAUCCCCCGACUAAUCCUAUUGAUCCUCGAGUAAACAGAGCAGUGGGGUUAUUUACAUAACCAUGGUUCUCUAAAUCUCUAAUACCAUGGAAAAAGACCUCACAAAAAGCCAACGUUUUCCAGUUGAUAACAGCAUUUUUAAAGCACCUCUAAAUUUGUAAUGACAGCAGUUUAUAGUUGCCUUAAAGAUUUCGCCCUGGAGUCAAUGUACUAAAAAUGGCUACACACUGACCACCCAGCCGUAUCAGCUAACAUUAGCUAGCUCUCAGAAAUAGCUUUCAUGCCUCCGCAGUUUGAUUUAGAUGAGUUAGUGGUGAAAGUUGUGUGUGUUGGCAUCUUUAUUACCUAUUUGUUGCAAAAUACUCUCUAACAAUACCUUAUUGAUUCAUUUAUAAAAGUAGCCAGUUGCUGAGUUGCUGUUUGCUUUGAGAAAUGAGCUACCAAGAAGUCUGAAAAUUAGCUAACGUUAAUUUGUUUUGGGCUUUGUUUGCAAGCUAAUAGCCAGCUAAGGCAGUGUUGACAUGCAGCUAUUAUUAAACCAUGAUUAAUACUCAUAUUUCUAAGCUAGUGUUUGCUUAGGUAAUUUGUCAAGUGUUGAGACUAAGUAAUGGUUAGCUGCCCUGAUAAUCAAGUUAGCACACAACACUAAGAAACUAAACAAAUAGUAUAAAAAGACAUAGUUAUGGAAAAAAUAAUCAGCUCCCAGUCAAAAAGAUAACAAAAAAUAAACAUCCCAUGUCCAAUCCUGUAUAUAGGAAACUAGAAGUUCUGCAACCUGCUAUUUUUGUCCAAAAAUGAAGACCUCCAAUAUGGCUGCCAGAGAGAGAGAGAGACUUAUUGUAAAACAUUUUGGUGGGUUCAUGGACAUUUUUGGCGUUCAAACAAACUUGUGAACUCAUUUUUACUAUUUGGGAAGUCCUCUAUACACAGUCUUGAACUUGGAGGUUCAAGAAAAUGUCCACUUAUGAGGUUGCUCAUAUGUAACCUCUUGUGAAUACCAUUAAAACACCCUCAUUUGAACACAAUAAUAAAUACAAUUAAUUGGACAUUAGUUUGCAAAUACUGUAAAUACACUUGUUGGUUGAAAACACUCCAGUCUCCCACUUAUUGAAGAACAGAUGGUUGUCAGAGAGGUCAGUAGUUUAAAAAAAAUCCCAGCAAAGAAUUCAUUCAUAAAUCAAAACUUCGUCAAAUCAUAAAUAGGUUACUAGAUCAUGAUGAGAUCAUAUCAGACUGUAUAUCAUUAUUUUCCCUAAUUUUCCUUUGAUUUGAGUGUUUAUUCAGUGGCUUUCAUCACUUCAUAUAGGUCAAAGUUAAUUUGUACAUGAGGUGGUUAAUUAUCUGUAUUUUAAUUGUUUUAAAAGCUAAAAAGUUGGUUUCAUCCCGAACUAUGCCACAGGCCCUGACUUUUCACCAAAAUCUCCUCCUCUCUUAAUGCUUAAGGUUGUAAUGCAGACAUUAAGUUAAUGAUUGAUGGAUGACAGCAUAGUUUGAGUUUGGUCUUGGCGAUAAAUUAGCUGUGGUUGCUACAUAAUUUUAAGGGGACACUGGUCAUUACAUGAUAAUAGGUCAUUUUAAAGGCAUAGAUUGUCCUUGAUCAUGCCAUAGUUGAUGUCCAUGAAGGAAACUGCCAAAUUUCUAAUGGUUUAGCAGAAAGCCUACCCUUACAAUUCAAGACUUGAGUGACAGAAUGAGCUUGUGCUGCCCUCUAGUGGUGACAGCCAUUAAUUGAUCACAUCAGAGCUUGUUUGUACCAUUUUUAUGCCUGUCUGAAACACUUGAGAGUUUUCAGCUGGCUUUGUUGAAUGAUAGUGUGGUAACAUUUCCUAUUUAUUUAAUCUAUCAAGAUGAGACUGCUCCAGUCCUGUGAUGUUAUACUGUAAUUUAAAGUGAAACCUGCUAAGAGAUGAGGAACAUCAUGGAUGUGAACAUAAGCUUAAUGUAUGUCGCUGUCCCCUAAUGUCUGAGAUGCUCACAAUGACGUGAUGGUGCUGCUUUAGUUUUGGAUCGUGUGUGUGUUGAAAUUUGGUAGUCAUCGUUUGAGAUUUAACAGACGACUUUUCUAAGCUAACCACUGCUCUGUUAACCUGCAGCUUCACGACUACAUCUGGUACAAUCACAUGGAAUUACAUACAGUAUAAUGUAGUACAUGUACUAUAUCUAUAUAUAUUUGAUAUUAAUUUAUUGUAAUUGUUUUAACGUUUUGUAUUAUUUGUACUUUCUCCUUUUAACACUUUCUCUCAGUCUCAAUUUUUUAUUAUGAUACAAUUUUUUAAUGAACUCUUCUGCCAGUGUUUCUUAAAACCUGUUGUUAGAAAUUUAAUUAAUUCAUGUUGUGUGUUCUUGUUUUUUGGAAUAGCUGCUACCUUGCCCGUGCCAUGUCGAUGUCUAACACUGUAUGGCUGUCUCUUUGCUGUUGGUCCUGCUGUCUGUCAACAUUAAAAGUGAUACAGUACAUUUUUCAUGCAAA